GCAGAAGACCAGCUCCAACGUGAAAACCCAGACAGGCAGCCCCCCAAUUCAGCCACCAUGCGAGAGUUCAAGAGCAAGGAUUUCUGGAGGGCCGUCUUGGCCGAACUGGUUGGCAUGACCCUCUUCAUUUUUCUCAGCAUCUCCACAGCGAUCGGGAACAAGAACAACGACAACCCGGACCAGGAGGUGAAGGUGUCGCUGGCCUUUGGACUUGCAAUUGCAACGCUGGCCCAGAGUUUAGGCCACAUCAGCGGAGCCCACCUGAACCCUGCGGUGACCCUCGGGAUGCUCGCCAGCUGCCAGAUCAGUCUUUUGAAGGCGGUGAUGUACAUUGUGGCACAAAUGCUUGGCUCAGCCUUGGCCAGCGGCAUUGUGUACGGGACACGUCCCAUCAACAACACUGCACUGGGGCUCAACUCUCUUAACGGUGUCUCCCCCAGCCAAGGCGUGGGCAUAGAGCUCCUGGCAACCUUCCAGCUCGUGCUGUGUGUCAUUGCAGUGACUGAUAAAAGGCGGCGUGACGUCACCGGCUCGGCACCCCUGGCCAUUGGCCUCUCGGUCUGCCUGGGACACUUGGCAGCUAUCAGCUACACGGGCUGCGGCAUCAAUCCGGCCCGGUCCUUCGGCCCAGCUUUGAUCCUGAAUGAUUUCACAGAUCACUGGGUGUACUGGGUGGGUCCGAUGUGCGGCGGCGUGGCCGCGGCUUUCAUUUACGAUUUCCUGCUGUCGCCCAAAUUCGACGACUUCCCCGAGCGGAUGAAGGUGCUGGUGAGUGGGCCCGUGGGGGACUACGACGUCAACGGAGGCAACGACGCAACCACCGUGGAGAUGACGUCAAAAUAGCUGCAGAGCGCCUAACCCCCGUGUAUAUGUCUAUGCUCUUGUAAAAAGGUAUAAAGCAGAGAAAAGCUCUUGAAUUUAGUGUAUAUUAACAUUUAUUUUUUUUUGUACUUACCAACGAGGAUUCUUUUCUACGGGUCAUUUAGUGUCACUUUCUAGUCAAUUCUUUUGUUGACCCAGUAAAAACUUUUCAUCCAAACUGCUGCUCGAGUGUUCGCGUUUUGGGACUGAAAUCUUAACAAAGCAGCGUGGAAAAUCUCUUUGUUUCCGUAUCAGUAUUGUAUGUUGAGCCAUUUUUGUACAUUUCUGUAUACCUUCUGUAUCACUUCUUAUUGCUGACAGAUAAGAUAUUACGUAUGCACUCAAAUGUCUUUCGUUUUUUUAAAUAAAAUU